AUGGGUGUCGACGAGAAGACGCGCGUCUCGGGCGAGGUGACGCGAGAGCAAGACUCUCCCGUCCUGCCGACUGUCAAUCCCGAGGCGCAAAAGUCGGAGCCGGCAAAGGCCGCCAUCCACCCAGCGCUCUAUGUCGUUGUCUGGAUCAGCUUGAGUUCCUCGGUCAUUCUGUUCAACAAAUGGAUCCUGGACACAUUGGAGUUCCACUACCCUGUGAUCCUCACAACCUACCAUCUGACCUUUGCGACGCUUAUGACGCAAAUUCUGGCCCGAUACACCACGCUUCUCGAUGGGCGCAAGACUGUCAAGAUGACGGGUCGGGUUUACCUUAGGGCAAUCGUGCCAAUCGGCCUGAUGUUCAGCUUGAGCUUGAUCUGCGGCAACCUGACCUACCUCUACCUGUCAGUCGCCUUCAUCCAGAUGCUCAAGGCCACCACCCCUGUGGCUGUCCUGCUCUGCAGCUGGUCCAUGGGCAUCAGCCAGCCCAGCUUGAAGGUCUUCCUAAACGUAUCCGCUAUCGUCGUCGGUGUCAUCAUUGCCUCGAUUGGCGAGAUCAAGUUCGUCAUGUUCGGUUUCUUGCUCCAGAUCGCGGGUAUCAUCUUCGAGGCCAUGCGUCUCACGAUGGUCCAGCGGCUCCUGAGCUCUGCCGAGUACAAGAUGGACCCUCUCGUCUCGCUCUACUACUUCGCCCCAGUGUGCGCCGUGAUGAACUUCCUGGUCGCUAUUUUCUGGGAGGUCCCCAAGGUGUCCAUGGAAGAGGUCUACCACGUUGGUCUUUUCACCCUCUUCCUGAACGGUCUGGUCGCAUUCCUCCUCAACGUUUCCGUUGUGUUCCUGAUUGGCAAGACCUCUUCCUUGGUCCUUACCCUCUGCGGUGUCCUCAAGGACAUCCUGCUCGUGUGCGCCUCUAUUGCGAUCUGGGGAACCCAAGUUACCGGCCUUCAGUUCUUCGGCUACAGCAUUGCUCUUGCUGGCAUGGUCUACUACAAGCUGGGAUACGACCAGCUCAAGGGUUACGCCGACGAGGCCGGUCGCCAGUGGGCCGAGUUCGGAAACAACCGACCGGCGCUUCGCAAGAUCAUUGUCAUUGCGUCUGCGGUUACUUUGAUCUUCGUGCUGUUUGGCGGCCUGGCCCCAACGUACGCCCCGGGCUACGUCCCAGACGUUCCAAGCGCGAACGAGCUCUGGAGCGCGGCUGCCAACAAGGUGAGCUCGCUGGGCUCAUAA